UCGCUCCUCGCCAGUUGCCACCGGCGGAGCGUCAGUUUGUUUACAUCCCGAGAGAGCAGAGAGUACGACACCCCGAUGACACCUGAGGGGACCACCGCCUUUCAUCUCUGAGUUUGGACUUGAAUCCCCCUCGGGAGACGGCGUGAAGUAGAUCUUCGUGGUCGUCAGAACUUCCGAGGACUUUUCAUGUAGGGGCUUUCGGAAGAAGAGGAGGUUGCCCCGUUUUUUCUCUCCAUAGGAAUCACAAGUCUUAUUUAUUUAUUCCAACCCAUUCCUCUGAGGGGUUAAGUCAACAGAAUGGUUCGGAUACAGGUGAAGACUUCCACGGGGGUGUCAAGUCCUCUGGGUGUGAAGAGCUUGCUGGUGUUCACGGUGCUGCUGCUGGCGUGGCUGGCGGGGUUCCUGUCCAGGCUCUUCGCGGUGAUAAGGUUCGAGAGUAUCAUCCAUGAGUUCGACCCAUGGUUUAAUUACAGAGCAACAGCUCAUAUGGUCAAGCAUGGAUACUACAACUUCCUCAAUUGGUUUGAUGAGAGAGCCUGGUAUCCUCUUGGAAGAAUUGUAGGAGGCACAGUAUACCCAGGCUUGAUGGUCACCUCGGGAAGCAUACACUACAUUCUUAAUAUGCUUAACAUACCUGUACAUAUUCGUGACAUCUGUGUUUUCUUAGCACCAAUUUUCAG